AUGGCCUCACUGGGCGUUGCGCAAGGCCACGGGGAAGCUGUCUCUGCACAGGGUGUGGUGGCUGCAGAGGUGUGUGACAGCCUCCUCCUGGCAUGGCGGGCAGCUGUGACAAGCUCUAUGAACCUACCCCCAGACAAAGCCCGGCUUCUGCGCCAGUACGACAACGAGAAGAAGUGGGACCUCAUCUGUGACCAGGAGCGGUUCCAGGUGAAGAGCCCCCCUCAUGCCUACAUCCAGAAACUGCGCAGCUUCCUGGAGCCGGGUGUUACGCGGAAGGUGAGGGGCUGGGGGUUGGAUUUUGAGGGCCUGGAAGGCGGCGAGGACGGCGCGCUGGAGAAGCUGCGCGGCUGGAGCAGGUCCAUCGAGGAUCUGCAGCACCCCAGCGCCCUGCCCGCCCCCUUCGCCAGCAGCCUUGCCCGCUCUGCGCGCCAGACCGCCCUACGCUACGGCACGCUGCCGAGCCGCAGGGCACUGAAGAACUCGCGUCUCGUGAGCCAGAAGGAUGAUGUCCACCUCUGCAUCAUGUGUCUCCGGGCCAUCAUGAACUACCAGUAUGGCUUCAACCUGGUCAUGUCCCAUCCCCACGCCGUCAAUGAGAUUGCCCUGAGCCUCAAUAACAAGAACCCGAGGACAAAGGCAUUGGUGCUGGAGCUGCUGGCAGCUGUCUGCCUGGUGAGGGGCGGCCACGAGAUCAUCCUCGCUGCCUUCGACAACUUCAAGGAGGUCUGCAAGGAGAAACACCGCUUUGAGCGGCUGAUGGACUACUUCCGCAACGAGGACAGCAGCAUUGACUUUAUGGUCGCCUGCAUGCAGUUCAUCAACAUCGUGGUGCACUCGGUGGAGGACAUGAACUUCCGUGUCCAUCUCCAGUAUGAGUUCACCAAGCUGGGGCUGGAGGAGUUCCUGCAGAAGUCGAGGCAUACAGAGAGCGAGAAGCUGCAGGUGCAGAUCCAGGCGUACCUGGACAAUGUCUUUGACGUGGGGGGGCUGCUGGAGGAUGCUGAGACCAAGAACGUGGCCCUGGAGAAGGUGGAGGAGCUGGAGGAGCAUCUGUCCCACCUGACAGAGAAGCUGCUGGACCUGGAGAACGAGAACAUGAUGCGGGUGGCAGAGCUGGAGAAGCAGCUGCUGCAGCGGGAGAAGGAGCUGGAGGUGGUGAAGGAGACCUACGAGCACAGCAAGUGCCCCCCAGCCCCGCCGCUGCCCGGGGCUUCGCCUUCCAUCGCCCUCACCGUCGGGCUCUCGGCCUUCCAGAUCAAGAAGCCUAUCAAGACCAAGUUCCGACUGCCCGUCUUCAACUGGACGGCGCUGAAGCCCAACCAGAUCAGUGGGACAGUGUUCAGCGAGCUGGACGAUGAGCGGGUGCUGGAGGACCUUGACCUGGAGCGCUUCGAGGAGCUCUUCAAGACCAAGGCGCAGGGUCCGUCCCUCGACCUCGUCUGUGCCAAGAACAAGGCGUCGCAGAAGGUGGCCAGCAAGGUGACGCUGCUGGAGGCCAACCGGGCCAAGAACCUGGCCAUCACCCUGCGCAAGGCGGGCCGCAGUGCCGAGGAGAUCUGCAGGGCCAUCCACACGUUCGACCUGGCGACAUUGCCGGUGGAUUUCGUGGAGUGCCUGAUGCGGUUCCUGCCAACGGAGGUGGAGGUGAUGGGGCUGCGGCAGUAUGAGCGGGAGCGAAAGCCACUGGAGGAGCUGGCAGACGAGGACCGCUUCAUGCUGCAGUUCAGCAAGGUGGAGCGGCUGCCCCAGCGCAUGGCCAUCAUGGCCUUCCUCGGCAACUUCACUGAAAACCUCCAGAUGCUGACACCGCAGCUCAAUGCCAUCAUUGCGGCCUCGGCCUCUGUCAAGUCUUCCCAGAAGCUGAAGCACAUGUUGGAGAUCAUCUUGGCACUGGGCAACUACAUGAACAGCAGCAAACGCGGUGCCGUCUACGGCUUCAAACUACAGAGCCUGGACCUGCUCCUGGACACCAAGUCAACAGACAGAAAGAUGACGCUACUGCAUUUCAUCGCGCUGACAGUGCGGGAGAAGUCCCCCGAGCUGGCAACCUUCUGGCAGGAGCUGCACUUUGUGGAGAAGGCAGCCGCAGUGUCCCUGGAGAAUGUAUUGCUGGAUGUGAAGGAGCUGGGCCGGGGGAUUGAGCGGCUGCGGCGGGAGUGCGGGCUGCAUGAGAACAGCGUCCUGCGCUCCUUCCUGGCCGCCAGUGAGGGCAAGCUGGAGCGGCUGCAGAAGGACGCGCGGACAGCCGAGGACGCCUACAACACUGUGGUGCGGUAUUUUGGCGAGAGCCCCAAGACAACCCCCCCGUCCGUCUUCUUCCCGGUCUUUGUGCGGUUCAUCCGCUCCUACAAGGACGCAGAGCAGGAGAAUGAGACACGGAAGAAGCAGGAGGAGGUGAUGCGGGAGAAGCUGCUGGCACAGGAGGCUAAGAAGCAGGAGAAGGUGACUCCAUUGCAGCGGAACAAGUGGCAGCAGCAGGAGCUGAUCGCGGAGCUGCGGCGGCGCCAAGCCAAGGACCAUCGCCCCGUCUAUGAGGGCAAGGACGGGACCAUUGAGGACAUCAUCACCGCGCUGAAUAGUGUACCCUUCACGGCCCCGCGCAGGUGGAUCCGUCUGUAG